GGACCAACUCCGAGCUGAACCAGCGACGUCUGCGGAAGCCACACAGGCUCCGGCCCCAGCUGUGAGCGACUUGGACUCCCAGGGGCGAGAGACGGCCCCCCUUAGCAAAGAGGAGCAGGCUCGCAUCCUGGACCUCUUCGAGGCGCGACGCCUUGCUGAAAAGGCUGCAGGGCGUCACCGAAAGCGAAGCUUGGCCAAGAAGCGGGAGAAGGCGGAGAGGAAGCUGGAUCGCGACUACAUCAAGAACGAGAUCCACAGCGCGUUUCAGGCGCAGCACGAUCCGGGGGUGCGCUACUACAACUCGGUGGCCAUCAGGGUCCACAAAGGCGAAAAGGCCGUGGACGCGAAGACCAUCGAGCAAGUGGCUACCGCUCAGGCCGGGAAGAUGAGCACCCGCACAAAGGAGGAGCGUGUGAUGGCGCGGAGAGUUGCUUAG